AUGGCACCCUCUUGGUCAAACAGCUUGCGCCGAGUAAACCGAAACAACUUCGCGACUCUACGUACGGCGCCAUGGGCUGAGAUCUCGGGGUCGCUGGGUGACCUGGGUACUCUCCUACCGCUCAUGAUCGCUCUCGCAGCACAAGGUUCAAUCGACCUAGGAAGCACACUUGUGUUUACGGGCAUGUUUAAUAUUCUCACUGGCGCAUUAUAUGGAAUACCCUUGCCGGUACAGCCUAUGAAGGCCAUCGCCUCUGCAGCAAUCCAGGAUGGCUCUCCGAUAGGGGUUGUCACGGCCGCUGGCCAGUUGGUUGGAGCCGCUGUACUCGUUAUGAGUGCCACGGGCCUCUUGCGAUGGGUUGUUCGAGUAGUGCCUCUGCCUGUAGUAAAAGGAAUCCAGCUGGGAGCAGGCCUCUCGUUGAUUCUCAGCGCAGGUUCAUCGCUACUUCAGCCUUUACACUGGGCUCAUCCGGCCCUUGACAACCGUAUAUGGGCUCUGGUUGCUUUCCUCGUGCUGGUUGCAACACAGAAACUGCCUCGCUUCCCAUAUGCUCUACUUUUCUUCAUACUCGCCUUGUUGCUGGCCUUUGUCCAGAUCACCAACUCCCACGAAAGUCUCCCAUGGUUCUACGCUUGGCGUCCUCGGUUUGUCAUGCCACAUUGGGUUGGGAAAGGGGACUCACCAGCUCUGUGGAUGGCCAUCGGACAGUUACCGCUGACCACACUCAAUUCUAUUAUUGCCGUCAGCGCGCUAUCUCACGAUCUCCUACCUGACCUCCCUACCCCCUCGGUGACGUCUAUCGGAAUCAGCGUUGCCAUGAUGAACUUGACCAGCACUUGGUUUGGAGGCAUGCCUGUCUGCCACGGUGCCGGAGGUUUGGCUGCACAGUAUCGGUUCGGUGCUCGCAGCGGCUCCAGCAUCAUUGUCCUGGGCAUAUUCAAACUGGUAUUGGGCCUCCUCUUUGGCGAGACCCUCAUGGAUCUUCUGAAACACUAUCCCAAGAGUCUCCUUGGUAUCAUGGUAAUAGCCGCUGGUCUCGAACUUGCAAAGGUGGGCAACAGUCUUAACCAGGGAGCCUCCGAUUUGUGGCACACGUCUGCAGGCCAAGGACCGCGCCGACAACGUGAUCUUUCGGACGAGGAGCGUCUUGAGAGAUGGACUGUCAUGCUCAUGACGACUGCUGGCAUCCUCGCCUUCAGAAACGAUGCCGUGGGGUUUUCCGCUGGCAUGCUCUGCCACGGAGCAUAUCGCCUCUCCGAGCGGUUUGCGGAUCGAUAUUCACACCGAGUCUUCCCAACCGAGAGCCAGUCUCUUCUUCAUUGA